AUCCACAAGUUAAUUACAAAAGGACUGUUAUAGAACUCCUGUCAGGCAACACUGGCCUCCACGGAACGUACAUAUCUACACGUUGAAGGGUAGACCAGUUGAAGGGCAGGUUGAAGUCUAAUGUACAGCAAAGAAGAAAGCGAUAACAUCACAGAGAAGAAACAAUGAAUUUGGCUGAGAAGAUAGAGACUGUCUCGUUUGAUGCAGACCGACCUUCGCCAAAGUAUGGACUGAAAGAUCUAUGGAUCGAAUUCAGUCAGUCUACAGGCCUCCAUGCAGUUAAUAAGAUUAAACCCCCUUCGAUCAGCCCAUUCAGCAUUCGUGGAUUGCUUUGGAUGUUAUCUCUGUGUUCAACUACGGCGUUUCUCGUCUAUAACCUUAUCGAGGAGAUAGGGGACUACUACAGCUACCCAACUGUCACCAAGGUCACACCCAAAAUCAGGAGUUCCAUCGAGUUCCCCGCCGUCACCAUUUGCAACAGAUGCACUCUCAACAACACUCGUCUUGGCGCUUACCCAGAAAUGGAGAACUAUUUCUUCAAUAGCGUUUUUGGAUUGAUGAAUGAAAGCUCAUUUCUUGUUUUAGAUGAGUUUCAGAAACCAUUGUCUUUAGAAUGGUGGAGGAAUAUGUCAAUGGAAGGAUCCAAGAUGCUGACUGAAUGCUCCUUUGGUGGUGAAAAAUUUGAUUGCAUGACUAAGUUCCGACCUAUUUUCACUAAUGAGGGAUUGUGCCACACCUUCAACUUCAAUGUCAGUGAAAUCGUCCAAGUGCGGAUGGCGGGUCACGCCAAGAAUCUUGUCCUUCUUUUAAACAUCAAUCAGGACCACUACACAUUCAUGAGUAACAUGGCCGCGGGGAUUAAGGUAUUACUCCAUAAUCCACGCAUACACCCAGACGCAAGCUCCAGCGUCGUGAUGGCCGCUCCGGGGUUCUCUACGUAUGUUGCCUUGCAAAAGAUUGAGUAUCUGUACCAGCCCCUUCCCCACAUGGCCUUUGAUGACAUGGAAUGUGUGGACACAACUAGUCCGAACUUUGUGAACCCUCUCAAGUACUACUCCCACUACACCUACAACCAUUGCAUCAUGGAGUGUCUUCAGAUGAAGGUCUUCAGCAACUGUGGAUGUGUUGGACCUUCUGAUCCACAGGAUGGCCCCAGGUGCUCGUUGGCGAAACGCGAUAGUUGUUACAAGCCCUUUAUUGCUCAAACGAUCACGAAUGGCAACUUCGUGGGGGAAUGUGCAUGUGUCAGCGAGUGCAUGUUUGACAGCUACACUACCCAGGUGUCCUCCAGUUCCUUCCCAGCAAAAGUCUUGAUCAACAAACUCCUCAACAUCACGGGGGCACAGAACAAGGAGACUAUGACAGACAACGUCCUGUUGCUGAGAGUGUUUUACGACCAGAUGAUGAUAACAUCCAUCACACAGCAACCUCAAUAUACGGUGGCCUCGCUGUUUUCCAAUAUCGGCGGUCAGAUGGGAUUGUGCCUCGGAGCCAGCAUCUUGACAGUCAUGGAGAUCACGGAGCUCCUGGUGUUCAUCAUCCUCUUCCUCUGUGACAAGUGUAGAGGAAGAAAAGCCCGAAACAGAAUAAACAACUGGUAGACAUUGCACCUACCGUAUUCGACAAAAUAAGCGCUCUCAAAAUUAGAAAUAGGGGCUCUUAUUGGAAUAUUAUUGUGGUGAAAAUAACAGAGUUGAAACAUAAAUUUCACAGUUUAUGCUGACAGUCUGAAAUGGUUAUGUAGGACAGAUAUAUUUUUUCCAGGUAUCAAUUGCCCAUAAUGAAGGGUGCAUAUAACACACGAGUGCGUAUUAUACGUGAA